AUCCAAAGUGUUAUGUGUUUUAUAAAAGCGACUUGAUAUCAGUAUAAAAGCGUACGCACACUAGAACGGCGCGUAAUGGAACACUUCAACUUUUAUUUUGCCAUCUAAAUUUGUUAUGUUCUAAAUGAUGAAACACAUUUAGGCUUUUGCUAUGCACUCAGAACUUUCCUCUCCUUCUGCUAACAGAUGGUAAUGUUAUUUUUAAAAUGGUCUGACUAUAACUUUUAGCAGUCAAAGUGAAUAUUGGUCUUCAAGUGGAUAAUAAUAUAUGUGUACGGAAUCCUACUAAAUAAUUGAGUGACCAAUGAGUGCUAAAAGCCUUGCUUUUAUCUGUAUUUAUACAUGCAUUGAUAUACAUGUAGUAUGAAUAUCAGUACACAUGGCCUGUCUGUACGAGAUAACUUUUGUCUGAUAGUGUGCGCAUUCCAUCAAAAGAAUUCAAGAAUUAAUUACGAUCAAAGAUUUCUUUCUCUUAAUUCAGGAACAGAUCUUUUUGCGUGAAUUUUUUAAAAAUUAUGCGAUAUUCAUGGGAAACCUAAUAAAUUGAUUAAAGUCAAUAGCGAGGGAAUAAGAUAAAACAGGUGGAUAAAAGCAACAAUAUCUGGACUAUAGUAGAUACGAAAGGCGAAAGAGAUGACAUCUGAUAGAGACGAUGAAUGCUAUGACGUUUUUAUUGUGCACAGUUCAGAGGAUAAUUCGGUAGCUGAACAAAUAGACCAGGGAUUAACAGAUAAAGGCCUUAAAACAUUUGCUCAUUACAAAGACGGAAUUUUUCAAGUCGGGCGGCGAGUAUUUGAUAAUGUUUUAUUCGCCAUAUCACGAUCCGAUAUCGUGCUUAUUUUAUUAACUCAGAACGCUUUGUCAUCACAUUGGGUAACGUUUGAAAUUUUGAUUGGACUUGAAAAGUCAUAUCGUGAAAAUGCAAUGUGUGUUCGUCUGGUGUUCCAAGGUGUUUCAGAGACAGAAAGGCUUGGUUUUAAAACAGGCACGCUUGAACUGAUACCUGAUAUUGUUGUAGACUUCAGCGAAGACUCGUGGAAGGGUAACCUGGUAUCGAAAAUAAAAGAAAAAGUGACUAUGCGUGACAUACUACCUGCCGGGAAUGUCGCACACGGUCUUGUUUUUAGCUACUAUUUUGGUUACCUGGCUUAUGUUCUUCCAGCUACAAAGGAGGCGAUAAAAAAAAGUGAAUACUACUCGGAAGAAGCAAAUAUUUUUUCACAGAAAUUUGUUAUCAUCAUACCAGCUUCUUGUAAACCAAAGUCAAUAGAAGGUGACUAUGGUGAUUUUCUGAUAGAGAAAAUGCCAAAACCUCUAGAAAUGGAGUUUACACAUGGAGAUAAAAAGAGAAAAUACAACCCAACAGUUUACAAAAUAACGAAAACACAGACGACAGAGUCAUUUUUCUUUUCGGCCGAUAUUCCUUUCAUAUUGGCAACCAUGUCAAAAAUGAAGGAAUUGGGAUUUGCGGACAUAGACCUCCGUUUUCAAGUGCCUCGAUUUCGGAUGACACUAAGGGAACUAGUAGACCAUCGCAAUAACCCAAAGUGUAAAAAUACCUCAAUCAUAAUACAAUUCGAAGAUAAAGAUGCCAAAACAUCACCCGCAAAAGACAUCUGGAAUGCUUUACAAGAUGAGUUCUCUGAUCAAAAAGAGACGGCACUGUUAUCGAAUGUUGUGAGCAGUGAAGGUGAACUGAAAGAUAGGGAUCAACAUGUUACCGCUAUAGUAACAUACUCAAGCGACGUGGAAGCGGAUAAAACUUUGGCCGAAGAAAUAAUGAAUUUUUUUAUGGAGAAGAAUGUAAAGUUUUCAAAUGGAGAUGCAAAAAUGCAGUUCAAAGGCUUAAGUCGUUCUCGAUGGAAUAUAUUCGUUGUAUCCGAAUCUGCAGUGAAAGACGUCACCAUGGCAAUUCAGUUCGAAGCAGCAUUAGCUAAAAGUAUUUCUGAAGAUAAAGUCCAGGUUAUUCCAGUUUUAGUGCAGAAUUCCGAUAUUAACAGAAUUUCACCUCAUUUCGCAUGCACGACGCUCCUUAAGAAAGAAGAUCCGGCUUAUCUAGACAAACUCUGGAAAACGCUCCAAGCGGGAGAUACAAAGAUGGUUGAAUUGCUUCCUGCAGGUGUCGUCUAUGAAGGAUUAGCAUACUCUUACUUUGUCAACUAUUUGCCAUUAAAUCUUAUAGGAAAGACAGAAGAAGGCAGAGAUUUCAAAGGUAGAUUUGAUGAUGGUAUGAAGAAAUACAACGGUUGUUGCAAAUGUGUGUACAAGCUUUUUGUCAUUGUACCGGCCUCCUGUUCAAUUCCUGGACCAGGAACAAGGUUCCCCAAAGAAGAACAUCUCGGUCCGCUGGAGCCAGUUGUUAUUGGAUUCAGAAAAUAUUUUCUACAGUUGUACAGACUGACGCUGGAGAAUGGAGAACAAGUGUGCUAUGCGCGAGAAUACGCAACUUCAGUCAUCACAUUACACAAAAUGACAGGCCUUGUCUUUUCUGGAUUGAAUGGCGUGGAGAUGAAAGACCAAGUGAAGAAGUUUGUUGAGUUUUCGAGGACAAUCGUAGAGAACCCAUUAUUUAAUGAAAGAAUUGGUGGGAACAUUGUUGAUAAGUGUGAAAUAGUUUAUUUUGAUGACAAAAUGGGUCAGAAGAUGGAGCAAGUAACAGCAGUUUUAGAGGAACGAUUGCAGGAAUAUAUAAAAUAAAAGCAUUAUAAAAGUGAUAUAAUGAAAUAAAAAAAAUAUACAUUAAUGGCAAGAAUACGAAGUUCUAUAUGAACAUUACGUACGAAUUUACUGUAUAAGUUUCGCUCAUCUGUGUCUAGCUGUAUAUAUAGAUUUGGAUAAUGUUAUGGUUUUGUAAAUUGUGUUUUAUUCAGCAUACAUUUUAGUUUAAAACCAAUGGUUUAGACGUUUUCAGGGGUUUCAACAACAGAGUAAAUAUGUAUUGACUGAGGAAUUUUUCGUUUAUGUACUCCUAUAUAUGCACGUUCCAUUGCAAAAUGUAAAUCUUACGCUGACAGGAGAAGUUAGCUAAUACUGACCUAACAUGACAGAAGUAGCUGUUAGUGACCUAACAAGAGAGGUGAAGUAGCUAAUACUGACCUAACAAGACAGGUGAAGUAGCUAAUUCUGACCUAACAAGACAGGUGAAGUAGUAAUACUGACCUUACAUGACAGGCGGAGUAGCUAAUAUUGACCUAACAUGAUAGGUGAAGUAGCUAAUACUGAUCAAACAAGACAGGAAAAGUAGCAAAUACUGACAUACAUGACAGAUAGAGCUAAUACUGACCUGACAUGACAUGAAAAGUACUUAAUAUUGUCCCAAUAUGACGAGUGAAGUAACUAAUACGUGCCUAACAUGACAGGAAAAAUAGCUAAUACUGACCUAACAUGAAAUGAGUAGUAGUUAAUACUGACCUAACAUGACAGGUGAAGUAGCUAAUACUGACUUACCAUGACAGGUGAAAUAGCUAAUACUGACCUAAACCUAACAUGACAUGUGAAGUAGUUAUCACUGACCUAACAUGACAGGUGAAGUAGCUAAUACUGACCUAAACCUAACAUGACAUGUGAAGUAGUUAUCAUUGACCUAACAUGACAGGUGAAGUAGCUAAUACUGACUUACCAUGACAGGUGAAAUAGCUAAUACUGACCUAAACCUAACAUGACAUGUGAAGUAGUUAUCAUUGACCUAACAUGACAGGUGAAGUAGCUAAUACUGACUUACCAUGACAGUGAAAUAGCUAAUACUGACCUAAACCUAAC